AGGUGGCGCUGCUGCACAAAACCACCCUCAACACAUCUGGGUGAAUUGUCCCCCUUCCGUAACCACAACCAUCUACCAGUCUUAUUUGGGACACCAAUACCUUCGAAACGCACACAACUCGUGUCUUUUAGAAUGGAUAACAGCGGUGAUGACACGGGAGAGGAUGAAACUGAGUGGAAUAACAGUUACGUGGAUUCCGUCCCGCUCAGACCCGCCGCAGCUUCCGUUUCAGAUGCAAGCCUCAACAGAACAUCAGGAGCAACACCUGGUGAAAGAGUCAUCCUGCAUUUCGACCUGGACUGCUUCUACGCUCAGGUGGAAAUGCUCAGAAACCCUGCACUGAGAGAUGUCCCUUUAGGUAUUCAGCAGAAAUACAUCAUAGUGACCUGCAACUAUGUGGCAAGAGGUCACGGGGUCACCAAGCUGAUGUCAGUGACUGAUGCAAAGCAGAAAUGUCCUCAGCUGGUGCUGGUUAAAGGAGAAGACCUGACACACUACAGAGACAUUUCGUAUAAACUGACAGAGCUGCUGGUUUCCUUCUGUCCACUGGUAGAGCGGCUGGGAUUUGAUGAAAACUUCAUGGACAUCACAAAGAUGGUAGAAAGAAGGCUAGCGGAGACGCCGGCGUCCAACCGCUUUUCCUUCAAAGGACACGUGUACAACCACAUAAGUGCAGACGCCACCAAAGCGAGCGACCACCCGAGGUUGGCUUUAGGUUCGCACGUUGCAGCGGAGCUGAGGGACGCCAUCCACGGCAAACUGGGUCUGACCGGCUGCGCGGGCAUCGCCACCAGCAAGCUGCUGGCCAAACUGGUGUCGGGCGCCUUCAAACCCAACCAGCAAACCACCCUGCUGCCUGAGAACGUCGGUGACAUCAUGGGCUCCCUGAGCGGCCUGCGCCAAGUACCGGGGGUUGGUCACCAAACAGCGAAGCGACUUCAAGCCCUGGGAAUGGUCGGCGUUAAAGACCUUCAGCUCUUCCCGUUGAACGACUUGGCGAAGGAGUUCGGAGGUCCCGCUGCCCGGCGCUUGAGGAGUCUGGCCCUCGGCGUCGAUGACUCGCCCGUCGCCCCCACCGGGGCCCCACAGUCUCUCAGUGACGAAGACUCCUUCAAGAAAAUGUCAACAACCAGAGAAGUUUCGGAAAAGAUCCAAGAGCUCCUGAGUAGUCUGACGGAGAGGAUGCACAAAGAUGGCAGGCAGCCUCAAACCCUCCGGCUGACCGUCCGCAGAUACUCGGCAACCAACAAGUGGUUCGGGCGGGAGAGCCGACAGUGUCCCAUUCCCAACCACGUGGGUCAGAAGAUCCCCUCCGGCGGCGGUGACGGCGUUGCGGUCCGGCAGCUGGUCGCGUUGGCCAUGAAGCUCUUCCACAAGAUGGUGGACUGCAGCGCCGCCUUCCACCUCACUCUCAUCAACGUUUGCUUCAGCAACCUGCAGGCCAGGGGAGCGGCGGCCGGCGGAAGGGGCUCCAUAACGUCUUUCUUUACGCAGAGCUCGCCUCCCAAAGGAACGGAUAUCUUCUCACCGCAAAGUCAGGAGGCCUCCUCUCGGAGUGGGGAUAGCGAUCAUCAGCUCAGCGCUCAGCGCUCGAUUACUCAACCGACCCCGCCGCACAAAGCGGGACCCACAGAAAUCCCUCGUGGCUCCGGGGCAGAUUUUCAAGGGCUUAAAAGAAAACAGAGGCCUGUUGUUGCUUCAAAGAAGCCCCCGCUUGCGAAAGAGUCGCGCGGCACAGCGGGGUCGGGCCCAAAGGUCGCCGUGGCGCGUCCGUUGCCCCCGAACGUCGACGCCGAGGUGUUCGGCCUCCUCCCCGAGGAGAUCCAGCGGGAGCUGCUGUCCCACGCCGGCCCUCUUCCACGGGCACCCAGCGACCCCCGGAACCAAUCGGCCCAAAGCGCCGGCCCGACCGCCGCGGAUCACGAGGCCGAGGCCUCGGGGGCUUUUCCGGCGGGGGACGUCGCGGAGGACGGGAGGCCGCCGGCCCCUCGGCCUCCUGACUGCGAGUUCCCGGGAGGCGUCGACGCCGAGGUGUUUUCACAGCUCCCGGCAGACGUCCGGAGGGAGUUGAUGUCCGAGUGGCGGCGACGGAGGCCGGUCCUGAAGACGCCGUCGUCCAGGAGGCCCGCAGACAGGAAGGCCGCAAGGAAAGGCAGCCAGGGAAACAAUUUGUUGAAGUAUUUUAAACGCAGUUAGAGGGCCAAGCUUGUCGUUUAGGAGAGUGCAAAUACACAUGUGUCACCUAGAAAAACAGCAGCGUUAUGUACGACAACAGGAUCAGGCCAAGAAUAAGAACAUUUAAGAAAUAGGAAACGUGGUUAUAAUUACAUUCGACUCAAUGUAUUGAAUUAACAAAUUCAAUCAUUGAUUUUGUUAAUAAAUACGACACACUGAAUAGUGGCCGUUAGUCGUUCACUAGCUAAAUUCAAUGAAUGCUUUAAAGAUGAAUGACCUGUAAAUAAUUGACCUUUGAAUGUUUUUGUCUCGCUUUUGAGUAUUUUUCAGUAUUAUUGUGCGUGUUAUUUGCUGGAUUGGAAUACAAGAGUGUUGUUUAUAAAAGUUAUCAUUAUUUCAAAACCUCUCCAAACGGCUUUGAUCUCUCUGUGCCCUGAACAUAACGUGUGAAACGUCCUUUCACCUCCUCAAGUUACCAUGUGCAAAGCAGCACAUUCAAACUGUGACGCAUACCUUAAUUAGAUCUUUAGCGUCAGGUUCACUGUUUUCAUUCUGUUUGGAGAAGCAGGAUUACUUCACUAAGCCUCUAGAAGUGGUGGACUCAUUACUCACGAUUCCCACAGAGGCUUAUUAUUCAUUGACAUCCACCUUUCAAAGAGCCAGAAAACACAAGGUCUGUGA